AAAACCCAUUAUCACGAUGUCAUCAAAGCUAGUGCCCACGGUUUGUCUUUCCAAUGGACACGAAAUACCGGUGCUCGGUUACGGAACAUAUCUGGCCCAAGAAGGCCAGUGUGUAGAACUGGUAAAGAAAGCCAUCGACGCAGGUUAUCGACACAUCGACACGGCGUACCUCUACGAGAAUGAGGUCGAGAUCGGGCAGGCCAUCCGGGCCAAAAUAGCGGAAGGUGUUAUCCGCAGGGAGGACAUAUUUGUGACAACGAAACUGUGGAAUACCUUCCACGAUCCCCAGCACGUCGAGGAAGCAUUUCGACGUUCGUUCGAUAUGCUUGACAUUGGCUACAUCGAUCUGUUCCUGAUGCACUCUCCAAUGGGCCAACAGUUUGCUGGCUACGAAUACGGCGAUUUGCAAGCGAAGGAUGCCGAUGGGAACACGCUGUUUUCAGAGGUGGACUACGUGGAAACGUGGAAAGCGAUGGAAAAGCUCGUUUCUUCCGGAAGAGUUCGCAGCAUUGGGCUCUCGAACUUCAAUAGUGAACAAAUUCAACGUGUUUUAGAAGUGGCCAAGAUUAAGCCGGUCAACAACCAGGUAGAAGCGAAUCCUGGCUACGAUCAGCGAAAGUUGAUCGACUUUUGCAAAGCACACGGGAUAACGGUGACCGCGUACGGGCCGAUGGGUAGGCCCCAUAGAACAACUUACGGGAACCGAAACGCUCUCGACGAUCCGAGGGUACUGGAAAUAGGACGAAAGUACGGCAAAACAGGAGGACAAAUUAUUUUGCGAUAUUUGAUUGAUAUAGGCACUAUUCCGAUUCCGUAUUCAACCAACGACGAACGCAUGAAGCAGAACAUCGACGUUUGUGACUUCAAACUGACGGAAGAGGAAAUCGAAUAUAUGGCUUCGUUCCAUUCGGCACGUACUAUUCCUUUUAUGCCGCUGAAAUCCCACAAAUUUUACCCAUUCAACAUAGAGUUCUAGGAACGAAAAGGACUGCAUGCAUGAUUCGAUUUUUUAAAUUACAUUAAAUACACUAAAAGCCCCACAGAAUUUAUAUUGAU